AUGACACCAAAUCUACGCACAAAAUACUGCUUAUUGCUGGGACUUAUGGCUGUGGCAACCGCACGAGCAGACACCGCGGAGCUCCGUCAACGGCACAAAAGACAAAACUACACCAUUUGCUCCUCCGAGUGCACCGCCUACACAACGACACUGUCCAGUUGUUCCCUCAACGUGGCAACAUACUCUUCAUGCAUAUGCUCAUCUCAAAUGGUCUCAGACAUUCUCAGUUGUGUCAACUGUGGGGUCGCCGCUGCAACCUCGCAGAUUGAAAUUAACCAAGCCCAAACCAUCAUCAACAGAAUCAAUAGCCUGGGUCUCUACAUGCUCAACCUGGGCUAUCCCAUCAGUAUUGUCCCGACAGCCCGUCCGACCGUCUCCUUUCCUUGCACGGAACCAGGCCCCGCAGCCACGGCAUCCGCUUCAAAUCCACUCGCAAGCUUCACCGCACCAAAUGCAGCAGGUACAACGUCCACUCGUCCGUCAGCGACGGGCGCACCCUCCGUCAGCAUCCCGGGUUUCAGCUUUGAUUCGAGUCAGCUCAAUCAACUCUCGAGUAUCUUCAACAUGCUCAGCGAUGAGCUCAAUAGUCUCACUUUGACUCCUUGA